CGUCCCGCGGGGAGGACGCGGGGCGGGGCGGGCUGAGCCCCGCUGCCGCUCCGGGGAUGUCACGCAAGGGGAAGGAUGAAUUUCGGCGGCUCUACACCGUCUCCGACCCCCGCACCCACCCCAAGGGCUACACCGAGUACAAAGUCACCGCCCAGUUCAUCUCAAAGAAGAACCCGGAGGACAUCAAAGAGGUGGUGGUCUGGAGACGUUACAGUGACUUUCGCCGGCUGCACGGAGACCUGGCCUUCACCCACCGCAACCUCUUCCGGCGCCUGGAGGAGUUCCCCGCCUUUCCCCGGGCUCAGGUCUUCGGCCGAUUCGAAGCGGCGGUGAUUGAGGAGCGGAGGAAGGGGGCAGAGGACAUGCUCCGCUUCACCGUACACAUCCCCGCCCUCAACAACAGCCCUCAGCUCAAGGAGUUCUUCCGGGGUGGGGAGGUGACCCGGCCCGCCGUUCCCAGUGACCUGCACAUCCUCCCCCCUCCGUUGAUCCCCACGCCGCCCCCCGAAGAGCCCCCUCCCCUCCGGCCUUUCCCCUCGGAGGGCUGGGGUCCGGAAGAGAGCGAGGAGGAGAACGAGUCAGGGGAACCCCCGCCGUCCAGCCCUGCCCAGGAGGCCCUGGAUCUGCUGUUCGACGGCGGAGGGGCCGAGGAGGAGCCGGGCCCCCCCGCCCCAGCGCCGCUCUCCGAGGCGGAGAUGGCCCUCUUCGACCCUUUCUCCAAAGAAGGAGGAGCCAGCCCCGACCCCAGCCCCACGCACACGGCGGAGCUGGCCGCUCUAGGGACUGAAGCGGAGCGGCCGGCCCCGGCCUCCUGGGAGACGGGAGGGCAGGGGCCACGGCAGGACGAAGCGGAGGAGGAGGAGGAGGAGGAGGAGGAGGAGGGGCUGGGCGGCCCCCCGCCCCCCUAUCUGAGCCGAGCCACCCGGCUCAUCACCCAAGCCCUGCGGGACGAGCAGGCCGGGGCCUACGGCGCGGCCCUCCAGGGCUACCGCGACGGAGUGGACGUCCUGCUGCGAGGGGUGCACGCCGACCCGUCCCCCGCCCGGCGCCGGGGGGUGAAGAGAAAGACGGCCGAGUACUUGAGGCGCGCGGAGGAGAUCCUCAGACUGCACCUGCCCACCUGGACCCCUGAGCCCGGGGGCCCCGGCCGAGGGUCCGCAGCCCCCCCGGCCUCGUCUCCCUCCCCGGGCCGGGGGGCUUCACUGCCAGCCCGCUGCCCCCCCGGCCCCUUCCCGCCAUCGCCACCCCCGUCUCCCUUUUCUGUCGGCUACCGGAAGGGGCGGAGGAGAAGGUGCGAGGGAGGCCGCGUGCGUAGAGCGGGGGGCUCGGCGGUCGGCGGGCCCCGGCUUCUCAUUGACCUCGGGCGAGCCGCUUCCCUUCUGCGGGCCUCAGUUCCCUCAUCUGCAAAAUGUUGA